UAUCUUGGGCUGAUUUACAGGUAAAAUUUUACUACAAAAAUUAGAGCAAAAGGGUGAAAACAACAUGCAUUCAUGCAAAUAACGGGAUUUCGUUUGUUUUUUGUUGAACUGUCUCUGGUAGAUCACUUUCUCUCCAAGUCUUUCUAAGUUCUUUUGUUUGAACUGUCACUGUUCGUGCUACAGCAGCGAUAGAAGCGGUGACUGCGCAUGCGCGGAUGACGUCAGCGCCGCAGGGCAGCAUGGGGGCGCGGUGUGAGGCAGCGCGAGUUCCGAAUGGGCCCGCGCCGCACCGCUGGGGACGGCGUCGCUGGACGGCGGCGGCGGCGGGACCGGCGACUGCAGAACUGCCGGGAAAGCGGAGCCCGCGGGGCGCCGAGGCGGCGCGGGCGGCACGGAGCGGGUAUAGAGGAGCGGAGCGUGCCGGAACUGGGUUACUGUCCUGGGAAAGUCUUUAGAAAACCGUGUCAGCAAGCUCAGAAGCAGAGUUUUCAGGGCGACAUACACCCACUAAAGAUUUUACGUACAGUGUUGCAUUUGAGGCUCUACAAGCUUUACAAGUUCUUUCCUUGCUUCUUAACCUUUGGGAUUUCUGUCAGCAGAAGGACAUUGUUUUAUCAGCAGGAUUCUCCUUUAGCUGGCUAGGCUAUUGUUCUUUGGUCAUAUAGUAACCAGUACUCUGUAUCUUAUGACUCAAAGCAGACUUUCAUUUCUACUUUGAUUCUAGCCUUCUUUCUUCACAAUCUUCUGCCAAACAAUCACAUUCAUAAGGUUUCCCUGUUUCACCCUCCCCAACAGGCAGUGAGUUGUGCUGCGCUCUGAUAAUUCCAUACUCAACCUGUUCCUCAUUUCUUAAAGGUUCACUUCAGCCUUGAAUCAGCAGGUCCCUAGGUUUGAUUUUUUAGGAUGCCAUUCCUGUAAGAUUUUCCCCUGUGAAGACCUGAGUAUGUCCAGUUUGACCCCCAGGAUAAUGAAGGGAGAGGAGCUCCCGUUGAUUCAAGAGUGAAGCAAAGCCUCCAUUCUUGGCCUGGGGCUGUUUCAAAUGGGGAGGGAUCAGUGUCCUGACUUCUCUCUCUCAGAGGCAGGGUUCCUGGACGAGGUGACCCAGGACAGCUUCGUGCUGGGCCCGGGCUACGACCGCCCCUACCAGCUGGACCCUGCGGUGAGGGAGCCCAAGAGCAUCCAGCUGUACCAGCACCUCAGCCUCAAGAGCUGCAUCUGGACCUUCGACGCUUAUUACGACAUGACUGAGUUAAUUGAUGUCUGUGGGGGCUCUGUCACCGCUGACUUCCAGGGAUCCAGACGGACAGCGUGCUCUUGGCCCGCCUGCAGAUAAUCCCCAUCUACACCCGCGAGGACGGACGGCUGGUCAUCGAGUUCAAGACGCAGGCCAAGUUCAGAGCGCUGUUUGUCAUGGAGCACCACAGCCUGCCAGAGGUCAGGUCCUCUUUGAGAACUCCAGAGCACCUGGGAGGCAUCGAAUUUGACCUGCAGCUGCUGUGGAGUGCUCAGACUUUUGAUUCUCCCUACCAGCUCUGGAGAGCAACCAGCUCCUACAACAGGAAGGAUUACUCUGGAGAAUACACCAUGUUCCUGAUCCCCUGCACGGUGCAGCCCACGCAGCUGUGGGCAGAGCCUGGAGCCAAGCCCCUGCCCUGCACGGCUCACGCUCCGGAGCGGUUUUUGAUCCUGAUCACCUUCCAGCAGACAAGCCACCCAGUUCCAGUUGUUUACUCCCUGAACACAGAGUUUCAGAUCUGUAACGACGAGAAGGUUUUUCUAAUGGACCCCACCAAAUCUGAAAGGUCAGAUCCUGUACGGGCGCGUGCUCUGGCACCCGGAACAAAACCUCAACGCCGCUUACAAGCUGCAGCUGGAGAAGGUCAACCUGUGCACAGGCAGGGGUGGCUACGUGCCCUUCUUCAACCCCACGGGUACUGUCUACAACGAGGGGCCCCAGUACGGCUGCAUCCAGCCCAACAAGUACCUGAAACACCGAUUCCUCCUGCUGGGCCGAAACCAGCCAGAAGUGAGGGAUAAGUAUUUCCACGAUGUGCCUUUUGACGCCCGCUUUGCUUCCCAGCUGUCCGAGUUCCACUCGGUGAGCAGCAUGCCCGGAGUUGAUGGAUUUACUCUCAAGGUGGAUGCUCUCUACAAGGUAUGUAGUACCCAGUGCUUUUGGUAGCCCAAAAUGGACUUCUCUGUCCAGGACCUCCCAAACACUUGGUGAAUUGUAGACUCUGGGCCUUCAGAAUUCACCUCUGAGACAAGAAAUGAAGAUUAGGAUGUUAGUCCCGUAAUUUCAUUUUUU